AUGCAUUCCAAAAUCCUACCUCUGGCACUCUUCGCCACCAUUCUCGCGCCCAGCUUUGCGCUGCCCGCCCCUCAGAAGCAAGGCGUUCCAACACCACCACCUAACCCGCCAGCAGAUCCAAAGCCAGCAACCUGUGGCGAGCUCAACGUGUUCCUCACCGGCCUAUCGGGCUAUCACCCGCUCGUUGCCGCCCAAGGCUUCGAUCCAGCCGUAAUCGACGCCACACUUCGAGCUGACCAUCAAAGGAUUAUUGAUGCCGGGUAUAAUUGCAGGUUCUCCCUCUUCGGCCCGGAGAAGAUUGAUGACCUCAAGGGCGAGCUCUCAGACGUGCGCUUCGACGGCGUCGGCGUCGGCGCGGGCGUACGCGCUUCUGUGGUGCCUGAGUUGACGGUCCAUUUGGAGAAGAUCCUCCAAGUCUAUCGCGAGACCUUCAACCCAUCAACGCCGCUCUACUUCAACUAUAACUCGAGCUCGACCCUGGACGCGAUUCAGAGGUAUCUGCCACUGGAUGGAGAUUGUGAGGUGUCUGCACAGAACCCCCGCAAGCGGAAAGCGUCUCCCUCUCCCGAUCGCGACGAUGAGAUGACCACUUCUCCUGCAAUAUCGAACGCCAGACUACCGCCUACAUUGGCACCAUCAUCGAGAAAGAGACCAAAAUCCGAGAUCCGAGAAGGACCCUUCCCUGUGGAGCGCUUGCUGGAGACCUUGGACAAAGACCAGUUGAGCUCGGUCCUCACAUCUCUCAUCGAGCGAAAUCCAGAACUCACACGAGACGUCGUACGAAUCAGCCCGCGACCUAGUGUCCAGAGCACCUUGCAAGUUCUACGGCAAUACUACAAUCGGUUAAUCAACGCCUUCCCGCUUGAUCCCAAUCCGAAGUCGGAUUACUGCUACGAUAGAGUCCGACCGCAGUGGCGAGCUCUUCUUGAUGCCUUGACCGACUUUACACCUCCUUUCCUACCACCACACGAACCACAAACCUCGGUCUCUUUCGAGUAUCUUGACAACGUUACUCAGAUAAUUCAUGAUAUGCCAGAGUGGGAUACCCCGCAAUACAACCGGGCCAAGCACGACGCGUAUGAGGAGAUCUCGAGAGCAUGGACGGCGGUCAUUAAAGAAGCCAGCAAGCGAGGCGGAGGCAUGAACCUGCAGUACAACGGCUGGGAAGAGAAGCUCCGCAUUCACAACGAGAAGAGUGGCGGUCUACUCAAGGACGCGUACAGCGAGCUCAUGAAUGCUUUGGGCUGGCUGCGAGCAAGCAAUACCGGCUCAUCACAGCAGCAGAACAGCAUUCGACAGCAGCUCUUCUCUGGAUCGUAUGGCAUGGAUUCAGUCACUAUGCGAACUGGAGGCAAUUGGUAG